GGCCACCAAGGCACGUGUCCCCAGGAGAGCGUGUACUGCGAGAACAAGUGCGGGGCCCGCAUGAUGCGGCGCCUGCUGUCCCAGCACGGCCUGGCCGAGUGCCCCAAGCGCACCCAGCCCUGCACCUACUGCGCCAAGGAGUUCGUCUUCGACACCAUCCAGAACCACCAGUACCAGUGUCCCCGGUACCCUGUGCCCUGCCCCAACCAGUGCGGGACGCCCAGCAUCGCCCGGGAGGACGUGCCCACCCACCUCAAGGAGAGCUGCAGCACUGCCAUGCUGCUGUGUCCCUUCAAGGACGCUGGCUGCAAGCACCGGUGCCCCAAGCUGGCCAUGGGCCGGCACCUGGAGGAGAGCACCAAGGCUCACCUGGGCAUGGUGUGCGCGCUGUACAUCCGCGUGCUGCCGGGCGAGUACGACAACCUGCUGGAGUGGCCCUUCUCCUACCGCGUCACCUUCUCCUUGCUGGACCAGAGCGACCCUUCCCUCUCCAAACCCCAGCACAUCACCGAGACCUUCCAUCCCGAUCCCAACUGGAAAAACUUCCAGAAGCCGGGGGCUUCGCGCAGCUCCCUGGAUGAGAGCACCCUGG